AUGAGCAUCAACCACAAGAAAAAGAUAUUUGAAAACACCGCUCCUAAUCCAUAUUUAAAUACAAUUGAAUCUCCAUAAGUUCCUAAGAUUCUUGAAUAAUCAAUAAUUUAUUAGAAUCUGUUAUAAAACAGUCAAUUAGGCAAUUCAAAUUAAUUAGAGUUAUCAAAAUAGGUAUAAAAUGAACGUUAAUCUUUUUCUCCUAAUGAUCUAGAGUAGUUUCUAAUAUUAUUUCGAUAACCAUAACAAAUCAAUAUGAAAUUAGAAAAUAGUUAGUCAAAUUCAACUAGUUAAUAAUAAUUCUAUGAAUAACUUGAAAUAGAAGGAGAAAAAUUAAGAAUUAAGUUAAAGUCAGAUGCUCGUAUAGUCUAAUCAAUUAUUGAAAAACAUACAAAAAUGAAAUCUAACAAAUAAAGAUGUAUUGAAUAAAUGAAUCAUCUCAUAAAUGAAAUUAAAUAAUCUAAUAAUGUUUCUAGAUAUUCUGAACUCAAUAGAUCAAUAAAAUACAAUUUCAAUUAACUUGAAUCUAUUUAAUUAGAAUUAAGAGAUAUAUUGAUGGAAGCAUCAACAUUUGAAAGAGUUAUGUCAGUUUCAGUUUAAUAGUAAUAAAUUCAUCAUUAAGAACAAAAUUAACUUGAUCAAACUAUUGGACAUUCAUCAAAUGAAACCUCUGAGGCUGAGUUCACAUCAUUAUCACUUUAAAUUUAUUCCUCGAUUGAAAUGCAUGCAAAGGAAUUUGAGUAAACAAUAUCAGAAAAAAAAAGAUUAAUGCAUAUAAGCUAAAAUUAUCAUUAAUAUAAAUAAGUUUGUUAAGGUUUGAUUUAACUUAUUCAAAAGUAUCCCUAAUUUGAAUCAUAAAAAUCUUAAUAAAUGAUAAGGUUAGAGAGCAUUGCUACAAUCUAUUUUUAUCACUUUUAACAAGAAUUGAGCUCCUAGAUUUUACAUUAUACAUAAAUUACUGAAGAAAUUCGAUUAUCUUUGUCUAUUAUUGAUAGGAUGAAAUAUUUAUUAGAAUAAGCUAAGAAUUUGGAUUGUAUUACAGAAUUUUAUUUAUACAUAGAAAGUUAAUUGACUGGACAAUAGUUGGUUAUUAAAUCAGGAAAUAAUUUAAAGUUAGCAAAAGCUUACUAAAAAUAAUUCAAUAUGCUAAAUAUCAAUAAUUAUCAAUAUUUCCAUGUUCUGAGACAUAAGGUUUAUAAUAAAUGUUUAUUAGAGUUUGAUUAAAUGUAAUUUGAUAUAAAAACAGCAAAGAAUUUGUAAUCAAUAUUAUUAGAUUAUGUUAAAACAUUUAAACAUUAUAUUUCAAUAGAUUAUAUUAAAUUAUUCAAUGAUGUAUUAGCAAAGUUAAAAUAAGAUUUAAAAAAAGAAUCUUGGCUUUAUUUAAUCAAUCUAUAUACUGAACUAAGCUAAAAGAAAUAACAUUUAAAAAUUAUUAUUUAAUAUUUAUUAAAUAUUAAACACCAAAAUCAAUAUUUAACAAAAUUGAUUUCAGUAUUUAAAAAGCUUAUUGAAAUAUAAUUAGAAUUAAUUAAGGAUUUAUAACCUUAAUUAAAUCCAUAUUUAGAAAUUAAGGAUUUUAAAGCAUAAAAAGAGUUUGAAAAUUUUUAUUCUCAAUUUUAAAAAUGUUAUAAUGAAAUACACCCAAAAUAAUAGAGUAUAAUAUCUGACAUCAAUUAAUUCUUGGAAAAUUCAAUUAAUCCAUAAUCUAAUGAUGAAUAAUAUCAGUAUUUAAGAUCACUUUAAACUCUAUAACCUAGUAUUAGACAAUUAAGCAAUAAAAGAAUUAGUGGAAAUUUUAAUGAAAUAAAAACUUAAUUUGAUGAUUUAUUAUAAUUUGAGGUAGAUAUUGUUUAACUUCAAGUAUCAAUGAAAUCUAUAAUAACAACAAAUUAUAAUCUAAUUUUAGAUGAUUUCUUAGAUAUUACAAAAAUUAACAAUACAAGUGUUUUGUCAUAAUUAAUGGAAUUUAUAUAAAAAAACAUUAAAAUCAUUUCUGAAAUUAAAAAUCCCUCACUUUAUAAUAUGAAGGAAUAAUAAAUACGUUUAUUGUAAUGGAUUUGGAUUUUCUUUGAAUAAUUUGAAAAAUUUAGGUCUGCUUUAUCAUAAUUAUUUAAUAAUCAUCCAACAAUUAACUAUUCUUAAUAUUUAUAGUUUUUGACUAAGAAUAAAUUUAGCCCCUUAUUCUUUUAGCUUGCAAAAUUUAAUAGCAAAGGUUGUAAAAAAUGGCAUGAUCUUUAAUUGGAUUUGAGUCAUAUUAGUCUUAAAUCAUAUAUAUCAUAUAUAACUAAACUUCUAGAUAGGAUAAUUGUUAUAGCAGAAUUGGAGAUUUCAUUGACUCAAAUAUAAUUCAAUGAAGAAAAUUGUUAAAUAAUUUUAGAAUUUUUAGGAUAGGAUAAUACAAGUUAAUUAUAAAGAUUCAUUUGCAAACAUUAAAUAUACAGGAAGAUGAAAUAAAUUCAAUUAAAUUAAGUAAAUUUCAAUAAAUUAAAAUAAUAUUUUGAACAUUUGCAAAUGGGAUAAGAUAAUGAGGAUAAUAUAGAUUUAAGGUAUAUUUUGAUUGAAUGUUCAGAUUCAAUGUAAAAGGAUAGUGAAAUAUACUCAACUUUACAAGAGGAAUGGAUUUUAGAUCAUUUAGAAUAAGGAGAUACUAGUAUUUUAUAGGAUUUUAUAAAUUAAGAAGGAAUUUUUAGUAGUAAUUUAAUGAAAUAUAAUUAAAAAUUUCAGAAAUUAGUUAAAUUAUCUACUGAACAAAGCAUAAAUUGGAGAAAUAUAAAAAAAAUAUUAAAAUAAGAAAUAUGA